AUGGGGCCUGAAUCUGUCAGAUCAACGCCAGAAACAGUUCACUUCCGGCAGCAACUACAGGAUCCCGAGUUCCGACGGAAGUUCAUCCACACCUUGAUACUUUACUUUGCGUUUCUGGUCCUGGGUGUCUGCCGUGGCCAGCACGGCCCAGCGUUCUUGGACCUGGCCCAGAUCACUGGGAGCAAUGUAGAGGAAGCAUCAAUCUUCUACACGUCCCUCGCGGCAGGAGGACUCGUGGGAUCAGUCUUCAUGGGUGUCCUCAUUGAGAAAGUAGCCAAGCACAGGCAAGCCAUUCUGGCCAGUUCUGUUCUACUGAACGUUGUCAGCACCAGUGCUAUACCAUGGAGCAAGAACUACUUCUUGACCAUUUCUAUAUUUUUUGUUAAUGGGAUGUUAACAACGGCUUUUGAUGCAGGUGGAAACUUUGACAUGAUGAGCACGUCAAGUGUGGGAGGCAAGAUGUUUAUACAGAUUCUACACUUUGUCUUUGCUGUCGGUACCAUCAUAGCACCACUCACGGUGGAACCCUUCCUAGCUGAGAAAAAAACAUACAACGCGACCUUCUGUGACAUACAUAACGUACGACAGUCUUAUAACUACAGCGACGGACAUUCAGCUGACAACUCGAAUGAAACAACCGUCCUUAUUCCGGAGAGUUGUCUCCCUUCCGAAAGUAGUAUCCAGUACGCAUACAUGAUAGCAGGUGCACUCUGUCUUCUGUCGGGGAUCAUGAUAACUGCAGAAUGCUUUUUCAGUCCUCCAAACACAAAACGUAAAACAAGAAUUGAGAAUCAUCGAAAUCCCCGUGUGAUUCCCAGAUGGUUGCGUGUGCUUAUCCUUGGAACUGUUGGAGGCAUGUAUUUCUUCAGCUCUUCUUCCAUCAGUGUCAUCGUUGGCUACAUAAUGGCAUAUUUUGUAAAUGACCUUGGAUGGAGCAAGGAAAAGACUGCCAAUUUAACAUCAGUCUAUUGGGCGGGUUAUGCCGCCUCUCGCUUGCUGUGUGUGCUACUUGAUCGAAUCCUUAACCCUCUUCAGCUUUUGUUUAUUUCUAAUGGUCUCAGCGUGUUGUCUUUAGCAGGUCUGUGGCUCAGCAUAAUUUAUAAAUCCGACCCAGGGAUAUGGAUCUGCAUGGUCCUUGCAGCAAUAGGAAUGUCAGCUAUAUUCCCAACUGCAAUUGUGUAUAUUGAAAAUGACGUGAUGAAGGUGUCUGGUAUGGUGACGUCUGUCAUCUGGGUGGCAGUGAAUUUGCAAGGAAUUCUGAACCCUUUGUUGCUAGGUUACCUCUUCCAGACAGUAUCCUUCAAAUGGUACAUCUACAUCACUUUCAUCGAGGCAGUUUUGGCCUUCGUGUGUUUUGUGUCUCUUGUUCUGAUCAUAAAAACGCUUGUGACGAAGUAUGGCUCUCUUGAGUUGGAAAAUAUUGUUGAUGAAAAGAACAUAGAGGAGACAUUUAUUGAGAAGAUCGAGAGAACAGAGAUCAAUGGCCUAACAGGUUUGCAUGGUUAG